UAUCCGAUCAUCCAUAAACCUCACUCCCUAACGCCGCCGAAUCACAUUCGUCAGGUCAACACAUCCGCCAUCGCCGCCGUAGCUUCAAUGUAUUGAAACUGUAUUACAGAUGGAUGAGGGUUCAUAUCACUCGUAAUUUGAACUUAGCGUUGGGUUACCGCCGGAUCGUCGCUCGUUCUUUUGCAUCAAUUUUGUCAUUUCGGGCAGCGGCGGCGGAUUAUUCUCUAACAAAGAUUCGUAGGAAGAAUUAUCUUUCUGCCUUAUUAGGGCGGUUCAAUUUAUCGACUGUUGCUGUAGUGGGAGAUCUAUCUAGCGUCAAGACAAUGGGUUCGCAAGCGGGAGAGGUGGAGUGGCCGGCCAACAAAGUUAGGGACGCUUUUAUAAAGUUUUUUGAAGAGAAGAAUCACGUUUAUUGGAAAUCAAGCCCAGUUGUCCCUGUCAAUGAUCCCACCCUUCUCUUUGCAAAUGCUGGAAUGAAUCAGUUCAAGCCUAUCUUUUUGGGAACUGUUGAUCCUAACACUUCAUUGAGCAAACUGACUCGUGCCUGCAACACCCAGAAGUGCAUUCGAGCUGGUGGGAAGCAUAAUGAUCUCGAUGAUGUUGGCAAAGACACUUAUCACCACACCUUCUUUGAGAUGCUUGGUAACUGGUCUUUUGGGGAUUAUUUUAAAAACGAAGCCAUUGGAUGGGCAUGGGAGCUUCUCACAACUGUCUUUAAGCUACCUACUGAUCGAAUAUAUGCUACUUAUUUUGGUGGUGAUGAGAAAUUGGGCCUUCCUGCUGAUAAUGAAGCUAGAGAGAUAUGGCUCAAAUAUCUGCCACCCAAACGAGUAUUGCCUUUUGGUUGUAAAGACAACUUCUGGGAGAUGGGUGAUACUGGACCUUGUGGACCCUGUACUGAAAUACACUUUGAUAGAAUUGGUGGUCGUGAUGCUGCAGAGUUGGUUAACAAUGAUGAUCCUACAUUGAUCGAGAUAUGGAAUGUUGUCUUUAUUCAGUUUAACCGAGAAGCUGAUGGUUCCUUAAAACCUCUGCCUUCCAAACACGUGGAUACUGGAAUGGGUUUUGAAAGAUUGACUUCAAUUCUUCAGAACAAGAUGAGCAACUAUGAUACUGAUGUCUUUAUGCCUAUUUUUGAUGCUAUCCAACAGGCAACUGGUGCUAGACCGUAUUCAGGGAAGGUUGGGCCAGACGAUGUGGAUGGAAUUGACAUGGCGUACAGAGUUGUUGCUGACCAUAUUAGGACACUUUCAUUUGCCAUCGCCGAUGGUUCUUGUCCAGGCAAUGAAGGGCGUGAAUAUGUUUUGCGACGCAUUCUUCGCCGAGCAGUACGCUAUGGAACAGAAGUACUUAAAGCACAGCAAGGAUUUUUUAACGGAUUGGUAAAAGUUGUGGUGGAUGUAAUGGGCCAUGUCUUUCCUGAGCUAAAGCAACAAGAGGCACACAUUAGAGAGAUUAUAGCAGAAGAGGAAGCAAGUUUCGGGAGGACGUUACUCCAUGGAAUUGAGAAGUUUAAGAGGACGGCUCAAGAUGUUAAGGGAAAGAUAUUUAGUGGACAGGAUGCAUUUGUGUUGUGGGACACUUUUGGAUUUCCACUGGAUCUGACUCAGUUGAUGGCAGAAGAAAGAAAGUUAGUGGUUGAUGUUGAGGGUUUCAAUAUUGCUAUGAAUGAAGCUAGAGAACGAUCAAGAAACGCGCAGAAUAGGCAAGCUGUUGUUGCUAUUGUCAUGGAUGCAGAUGCUACCUCUAUGCUGCAUAAGAGAGGGGUUGCCACAACAAAUGAUAGUUUCAAGUUUACAUGGUUUCAGGACCACAAAAGUGUGAUCAAAGCCAUUUACACGGGGAGUGAGUACGUGGAACAUGCUGCUACUGGUGAUGAUGUUGGUAUUAUUCUUGAGAGCACAAGUUUUUACGCCGAGCAAGGUGGUCAGAUAUUUGAUACUGGAGUACUUGGAGGCUCCUCUGGAUCAUUUGAAGUUUGUAAUGUUCAAGUUUACGGAGGUUUUGUGAUUCAUCUUGGUAAAAUUACAAACGAAUCUGGAAAAUUCUGCGUAGGAGAUGAAGUAAUUUGUAAGGUUGACUAUGACAGGCGUCAGCUCAUUGCUCCUAACCAUACCUGUACACACAUGUUAAAUUUUGCCCUCCGGGAAGUACUUGGGAACCAUGUUGACCAGAAAGGAUCUAUUGUUCUUCCAGAGAAAUUAAGAUAUGACUUUUCCCAUGGGAAGCCUGUAAAGCCGGAAGACCUUCGCAAGAUUGAAGCCAUCGUGAAUGAACAAAUUAAAGCUGAACUAGAUGUUUCUGCAAAAGAGGCAAGCCUUGCUGAUGCAAAGCGUGUAAAUGGACUGCGAGCGGUUUUUGGUGAAGUGUAUCCAGAUCCUGUUAGGAUUGUUGCAAUUGGUCGAAAAGUAGAAGAUCUCUUGGCUGAUCCAGAAAAUGAAGAGUGGCUGUCCAUAUCCGCAGAGCUUUGUGGAGGGACCCAUAUUACAAAUACACGAGAGGCAAAGGCAUUUGCACUUUUGUCUGAGGAGGGAAUUGCGAAGGGGAUUCGAAGAGUAACUGCUGUAACAACAGACUAUGCUUUUGAGGCUAUGAAAAAGGCAUCUGAACUCGAACAGGAAGUUGAUCAGGCAUCGAAACUAGAAGGAGCUCUUCUUGAACAGAAAGUGACCUCUUUAAAUGGUCAAGUAGAGUCGGCCGCUAUUCCAACAGCAAAGAAGGCUGAUCUUAAGGCCAAAAUCUCCAUUCUUCAGAAUCAAGUAAUAAAAGCAAAAAAGAAGAUUGCUGAGGAGAACAUACGCAAAGCCGUUGAAGCAGCCACUAAAGCCGCAGAAGUUGCCUCUUCUGAGGGGAAGGCCUUCUGCAUUUCACAUGUUGGUGUGGGAUCAGAUACUACUGCUAUUCGUGAAGCAGUUGUCAAAGUCAUGGAGCAGAAGGGAUUGGCGGUGAUGGUUUUUAGCACUGACGAACAAUCAAAGAAGGCCUUGGUUUGUGCGGGUGUGCCGGAAAAGGGCGAAAGCAGCAACCGCCUGAAGGUCUUAGAGUGGCUGAAGGCGGCAUUGAAGCCACUUGAAGGCAAGGGUGGUGGAGGGAAAGGUGGUCUCGCUCAAGGCCAGGGACCCGAUAUCAAGCAUGUCGAUGAAGCAAUAGACGUGGCCAAGUCAUUUGCAGCUCUCAAACUGAGCUGAAAAGCCAGAAGCUUGACACAAACCGCCUUGUUUCAACUUGCGAAAGGAAGUAAACACACUCAAUGGUUGGUUGGGGUUGUGGGAAAGCAUAUAGUGAAUCGAGGAGUAUGGAUUACUUGUAAUUGUUUUCUGUUGGUGAUGAUUUGCUAUUGACCCAACACAUACAUACAUACAUACAAUGGAUUGUUGCAAUCAUCCCUCAAACCUAUAUACAAAUGCUGUUGGAUUUCAAGAUUGUAUUUCUUUUACUCCCACCAAAAUGAUUGAUUGAUUAGGUGUUUGAGGAGAGGAUAUAAAAGCAUCUUUUUAGU